CAAUAAUCGAUGGCUAGAAACAGAUAUUGCUGACGUAACAAAUCCAUUAUACUCUUUAGCAAAAACUUCUCGACUCUUAAAAUUCAUAAUUACACAGCAUGAUAGAGAAUCAAAAGUAGAUCAGAUUCCCUGUUUAGUUGAAAAUAUGAUUUUAAUACUUUAUCACACACCAAAAGAUUCACCAACUACGCCACCAAAGAAAUGUACUCAGGACAUUUACCAUCUUUACAAAGAUUGGCCAGGUUUAGACGAGAUCAAUAAAGAUGACCCUAUACUUUCAUAUGAUCCCUUUGAACCAAUGCAAGUUCAAGCUGUUUAUAAAGACAUGAAAGAUGUAGUUGAUAAUUUGGUACAAUCAAUCCAUGGAAAUAAUGAAGAAACAAAGCAUCUGGAAACAAAAUUAGUAUAUUAUUUAGAAAGAUGUGAUAAAAUUUUGAAUCCGGAUGAUCAUAAAACCAUCAUUAAAAAAAAGUGUGUGUGGAGAUGGUGA